CGAUUAGAGUCUAUCAAUGUCUGAGUGUGUGAAUCCUACAUAAAUAUAUUCAAACCAACACAUGCAAAUGUAUUGAAAUCGCUUGCCUUCAAUGAAUCGAGCUCCAGCUCGAGAACUUUACGUUGCCAACGUCUGGCGACGUUACGUUAUUCGCAAUCCGGCAGUUGUCGCGUUCGGCUGCAGAUCGGAACUAUCACUUGGAUCCUAUACGCAAGGCGAAGAAUUUGCUGGUUGUGCCUUCGAGAACGCGUUUUCAUUGGAUCGAAAUUAGAUUUACUGAAAUGUUGCCCUUUCGAUGGGGCAUGCUGAUUGGUGUGGUGCUUCUCAUAGCAUACACAAAUGGAGCGGCCAUAGAUCAAUCAUCUGUUGAUGAUGAUGCUGAGCUGACUCCCCUGACUGAUUUAGAGAGAACCAAAAGAUAUGUUCGGGGACAAACACAGUCUCAGUACUUAAACUUCGGUAAGCCCGAAGAGGAUGGCAAGGCGGAGGCGGAAGCUAAUGAAAAUGGGUCUCGUUCAACUGUUUCUGGAAGUCAUGGCAUGGGACAAGCACAGAGUCAGUUUUCUUCAGGAGAUUGCAGUGAAUGUUCUGGAUAUCCCAGUGCCAGUGGCAUAGCAGGUACUGGCGGCUCAUCUCUAUAUCCGAGUGGUCCUGGCCUCUCUGGUAGACCCGAUGCUAUCAUAAGUCUUCCUGGCACUGGAACCGGCUAUGGACAACAACCAGGCGGUAUUGGAACUCAGCCCGGAUAUGGACAAACUGGUGGUCAAACCGGUAGCGCUGGACAACCCGGUGUUGGUAGUCUGUCCGGAAUUGGUGGACAACCCGGCAUCGGCGGCCAACCUGGACCUGGAGGACAACUUGGUGGUGCAGGCACCCAGCAAAUUGGAAUCGGUGGAGGACCUGCUGGAGGUCAACCAAGUGGCCAACCUGGUGUAGGAGGUACAGUUAGCCAACCUGGAACACAAUCAGGAACAGGUCAGCCAGGAGGGCCACCUGGGUAUGGAACCCAAGGAGGAAGUGGACAACCUGGAUACGGAACGCAACCAGGAGUCAGCGGUCAACCUGGAGUGGAAGGUACUACUGGUUAUGGCACUCAACCGGGAUCAAGUACAGGUCAGCCUGGAUAUGGAUCUCAGCCAGGAGUAAGCGGACAGCCUGGCGUAGGAACUCAACCUGGUUCAAUCGCCGGCCAACCUGGUUAUGGAGCUCAGCCAGGAGUUGGUGGUACUGGUGUUGCUGGAACUCAACCGGGAGCAGGAGCAGGUCAGCCAGGAUAUGGAGCUCAGCCAGGAGUAAGUGGACAGCCUGGAGUAAGUGGUACCGGUGGUUAUGGAACUCAACCUGGAUCAGGCUCAGGUCAACCUGGUUAUGGAACUCAACCAGGAGUAGGUGGUACUGCUGGCUAUGGUACUCAACCUGGAUCAGGAGCAGGUCAACCUGGUUAUGGAACUCAGCCUGGAUCAGGAGCAGGCCAACCUGGUUAUGGAACUCAACCAGGAGUAAGUGGUACUGCCGGUUAUGGAACUCAACCUGGAUCAGGCGCAGUUCAGCCCGGUUAUGGAACUCAGCCAGGAGUUAGUGGUACUGCUGGUUAUGGAACUCAACCUGGAUCAGGCGCAGGCCAACCUAGUUAUGGAACUCAACCUGGAGUAGGUGGUACUGCUGGUUAUGGAACUCAACCUGGAUCAGGAGCAGGUCAACCUGGUUAUGGAACUCAGCCUGGAUCAGGAGCAGGCCAACCUGGUUAUGGAACUCAACCAGGAGUAAGUGGUACUGCCGGUUAUGGAACUCAACCUGGAUCAGGCGCAGGUCAGCCCGGUUAUGGAACUCAACCAGGAGUUAGUGGUACUACUGGUUAUGGAACUCAACCUGGAUCAGGAGCAGGUCAACCUGGUUAUGGAACUCAGCCUGGAUCAGGAGCAGGCCAACCUGGUUAUGGAACUCAACCAGGUGUAAGUGGUACUGCCGGUUAUGGAACUCAACCUGGAUCAGGCGCAGGUCAGCCCGGUUAUGGAACUCAGCCAGGAGUUGGUGGUACUGCUGGUUAUGGAACUCAACCUGGAUCAGGAGCAGGUCAACCUAGUUAUGGAACUCAGCCUGGAUCAGGCGCAGGCCAACCUGGAUACGGUGCUCAACCCGGUACCGGCGGAUAUUCUGGAACUCGUGGAGAUCAACCUGCCACAGGACCUGCUUAUGGAAGUCAAACUGGAUUUGGGGGGCAACCUGGCUAUGGAACUCAGCCAGGAACCGCUGGCCAGCCUGGAAUCAGUGGAGUUCAACCAGGAACAGGAGUAGGACAACCAGGGUAUGGAACUCAACCUGGUGUUAGUGGACAGCCUGGAAUUGGCGGAGGUCAACCCGGAACAGGGGUAGGACAACCUGGUUAUGGAACUCAACCUGGUGUUAGUGGACAGCCUGGAGUUGGAGGCGGUCAACCAGGAUUAGUUUACCCUGGAUAUGGAACUCAACCCGGUAGUGGUGGACAGCCUGGAAUUGGAGGAGGUCAACCCGGAACAGGGGUAGGACAACCUGGUUAUGGAACUCAACCUGGUGUUAGUGGACAGCCUGGAAUUGGAGGCGGUCAACCAGGAUUAGUUUACCCUGGUUAUGGAACUCAACCCAGUAGUGGUGGACAGCCUGGAAUUGGAGGAGGCCAACCAGGAUUAGUUUACCCUGGAUAUGGAACUCAACCCGGUAGUGGUGGACAGCCUGGAAUUGGAGGAGGUCAACCAGGAACAGGGGUAGGACAACCUGGUUAUGGAACUCAACCUGGUGUUAGUGGACAGCCUGGAAUUGGAGGCGGUCAACCAGGAUUAGUUUACCCUGGUUAUGGAACUCAACCCGGUACUGGUGGACAGCCUGGAAUUGGAGGAGGUCAACCCGGAACUGGAGUAGGACAGCAAGGUUAUGGAACCCAACCCGGUAUUAGUGGGCAGCCUGGAAUUGGCGGAGGUCAACCAGGAACUGGAGUAGGACAGCCUGGAUAUGGAACUCAACCUGGUGGACAGCCUGGUUAUGGAACACAACCCGGUGUUGGUGGACAGACAGUUAUUGGGGGAGGUCAACCAGGAACUGGACAAAGACAGCCUGGUUAUGGAACUCAACCCGGUAUUGGUGGACAGCCUGGAAUUGGUGGAGGUCAACCAGGAACAGGAGUAGGACAGCCUGGUUAUGGAACUCAACCCGGUGUUGGUGGACAGCCUGGAAUUGGCGGAGGUCAACCAGGAACUGGAAAAGGACAGCCUGGUUAUGGAACACAACCUGGGGUUGGUGGACAGCCUGGAAUUGGCGGAAGUCAACCCGGAACUGGAGUAGGACAGCAAGGUUAUGGAACUCAGCCCGGUAUUGGUGGACAGCCUGGAAUUGGCGGAGGUCAACCAGGCACUGGAGUAGGACAGCCUGGUUAUGGAACUCAACCCGGUGGACAGCCUGGUUAUGGAGCACAACCCGGUAUUGGUGGACAGCCAGGUAUUGGGGGAGGUCAACCAGGAACUGGACAAGGACAGCCUGGAUAUGGAACUCAACCCGGUAUUGGUGGACAGCCUGGAAUUGGUGGAGGUCAACCAGGAACAGGAGUAGGACAGCCUGGUUAUGGAACUCAACCCGGCGUUGGUGGACAGCCUGGAAUUGGCGGAGGUCAACCAGGAACUGGACAAGGACAGCCUGGUUAUGGAACACAACCUGGUGUUGGUGGACAGCCUGGAUUUGGCGGAGGUCAACCCGGAACUGGAGUUGGACAGCCUGGUUAUGGUACUCAACCCGGUAUUGGUGGACAGCCUGGAUAUGGAAUUCAACCUGGUGUUGGUGGACAAUCUGGAAUUGGCGGAGGUCAACCCGGAACUGGAGUUGGACAGCCUGGUUAUGGUACUCAACCCGGUAUUGGUGGACAGCCUGGAAUUGGUGGAGGUCAAUCAGGAACAGGAGUAGGACAGCAAGGUUAUGGAACUCAACCCGGUAUUGGUGGACAGCCUGGAAUUGGCGGAGGUCAACCCGGAACUGGAGUUGGACAGCCUGGUUAUGGUACUCAACCCGGUAUUGGUGGACAGCCUGGAUAUGGAAUUCAACCUGGUGUUGGUGGACAACCUGGGAUUGGCGGAGGUCAACCCGGAACUGGAGUUGGACAGCCUGGUUAUGGUACUCAAUCCGGUAUUGCUGGACAGCCUGGAAUUGGUGGAGGUCAACCAGGAACAGGAGUAGGACAGCCUGGUUAUGGAACACAACCUGGUGUUGGUGGACAGCCUGGAAUUGGCGGAGGUCAACCCGGAACUGGAGUAGGACAGCCAGGUUAUGGAACUCAGCCUGGUAUUGCAGGAGUACAACCUGGAGGUGGCAUAGGACAACCAGGUGUUGGGGGUAGCCAAAUUGGAGCUCCUGGACGUUACACAACUGGUCCUGGAGUUGGUUUACCUUCUAUUAAUGGCGUUGGUACCCCUGGUGGUGCAGGAUAUAGCGGAGCGACUGGUCUUCUUCCAAGCGGAGCGUCUGGUUCUGGUGGAGUGGAUGACGCUUUCUCACAGGCCGAGUCAGUAAUUGGAGAUGGUCAAGCAUCGGCCAGUGCACAAGGCAAGAAGAAUGGAGGUACAGCCAAUACGCAAGUGUCUGGCACCUACUCGAAGGGAAGUUCGUUCAGUGCAAACGCAAUGACUUCCGAUGGCGAUCGUUCAGCCAGCGCACAAGUUACAGGAAACGCUGAUGGGGCAAUGAGUCAGUCACAAGGCUCAGGAGGUCCUUCACAAUCACAAGCUCAAGUCCAACUUAAUAACAAGGAUGGAGGUACCAAAGCGUCUUCUCAGAGCGGAGGUCUCAUACACCAAAGCCAGAGCGAAGUGCAGGCCAACGAUAAGGGCGGAUUAGCUGAUGCUCAAUCCAGUGGACCUGGUCAAACUUCUUCGCAGGCGCAAAUCGGUUUCCGACCAGGUCAGGAUAACAACGGAGCAGCUGCCCAGGGUGGUGGCCAAGCAUCAGCACAAUCGGGUGCUCACUCUGGACAGAGUCAAUCGCAAAUACACGGCACGUCUAGCUUUGGUGUAUCAUACCAUGGUGCUGCUCAAUCUGCAUCAGGCACAAAAGAACAGGUUGCCACUUAUCGCGAGCAGAAUAGAGAGCUUUUCAAUACAAUCAGCCAGUUUGGCAACCCUGGCACUGCUGUGACCGAUCGCGUUGACGCCGUCUACAGUGGCCCAUCGCUUACAUCGGAAUCCGAUAGGAUUCCCGAACUACAGCUAAAAUCCACUAAAACGAGCAAGGAACAAGAUGACAAGACCAGUCAGCCCGAGCCUUCAUUAACCGAGAACGAAGAAGUAGAUGAAGGUGAGCUGCCCGAAGAUGAAUACGAUGAAGAUGACUACUACACUGAGCCUGCUAAGCCGAUUAAGCUGGAAGACUAUCCCGCAUCUGCUAGUCAAACGAAGGAUCAGCAGCCAGCUCCAUCAGCAUCAGCUCCAGCACCAACUUUAACCUAUUCUCAAUCCUCACCCACACAAAAGCAACAGGCGGCUGUGCCGAAUUCGCCUACAGACGCAUACAAAGUGAUUCAGAAUCAAAAUGGUCGUGUCAACACUUAUCCCACCCGUACCACCACCGAAACGGUUCCAAGCGGCUUCCGCGGUACCGUUAACGUAGAGAAAAAGUUUCACACAAAAGCUUUAGAGUUGCAUAAGCCUAAGAAGGUUAACAUCAGUCUCGAGGAGGAGGAUGCCAAGCCAACUGAUGUUGUCGCCCAAAAGCCACGCGCCCCCGACAGUUAUGUAACUGUCACCAAGUCGGUGACUGGCAGCAUGGAUAACUCAAAGAAUCCGCCUCAGGAGAAUAAAAACUUCCAGUCCACAUAUUACACAAAGUCGUCGACGUGCGGCUAUUUCACAUUCUCUUGCAACAUUGUCUAUGGUGCCAAUGGACGCAGUAAGAUCUGUCGGCCUAAGGCGCCGGCGAACAGCAAGUGCUAGGAGUUCCGGUGAGGACUCAACACUUUAACAGUUAAAGUUAAUCACUAACCUGCUUUGCUUACAUUUGAAGCACGUUCUUUAAGCAUUUAAGUUUUUGCUAAUUAAUUUUAGAGAUACCCUCCAUUUUACUAUUCGUGCACAAAUUGAAAUUGUAAUUAAUAUUUAAUAUGUAAUAAAAACAACACACACACUGCCGUCAAAACGUUUUAGCCGAAACAAAAAACAAUCACAAAUUGCAUUUUUUUUUAAAUAAAAUGAAACGGCACAAAACUCUUUCGAAUUAUCGAUACUUAGGCAGACUUAUCGAUGCUUGCAAUUGUGAACACA